AUGACUAAGAGAUUUAAACCAAAUAUUAUAAUCAGCGGUACUCCUGGCUGCGGCAAAACUACUAUCUGCAAGCUUCUCAAGGCGAAAUUAGAUAACUAUAAGUAUUAUAAUAUUAGUGACUUCGCAAAAGAACAAAACUGCUACGAAGGAUACGAUGAAGAGAGGAAAUCACACAUUGUCGAUGAAGAUAAGCUGCUAGAUAUACUAGAAGCACCUCUUCGUCUUGGUGGCAACAUCAUUGACUGGCACGUCAAUGAUAUUUUCCCAGAACGUCUAAUUGACCUGGUUGUAGUCCUAAGGUGCGAUAAUUCUAUCCUAUACAGCCGUUUGCAGGAGAGAAACUACCAUGACUCCAAAAUAGAGGAAAACAUUGAUGCUGAGAUCAUGGGAGUGGUCCUGCAAGACGCCCGUGACAGCUACGUGCCAGACAUCGUUGUUGAACUUCAAAGCAACACAGAAGAAGACAUGGAAAACAAUGCAGACCGCAUUGUCCAAUGGAUUGAAAACUGGGUUAAAGACCAUCCAGAUGGAGCCACUAAUGAGCUAGACCACUACAAUGGUAUUGGCAACAGCACAGACGAAGAUUCAGAGUCUGACGGUGACAGUGACACUACCGACGGCAGUGAAGAUUAA